GUUAAAACAUUUAGUACCUACUGUUAACUUUACUGUGAACAAGUAAACUUUCUUCAAAUAGCGUGUUGGUAGGCAAGAUGUUUGCACUGUUGCUUUUGGUGUUAGUUCCAGGCAGCAUAGAUUCAUUAGAAUGUUAUUCUUGCUCAAAUGUGACGGACAUUAAAAGCUGCCUCCAUACUACAUUCUGCAGCUAUAAAGAGUCAUGCCUGACAAAUGCAGUCUCAUCAGCACAGACAACAACGUAUUCCCUAGGUUGUGUUGAUAAUCAGUUGUGUAGAACGCAUUCAGCAGCAGGGCUUGUCGGCCGUGAUAUUAGCGCACGUGAUACUAAUUGCCACGAAUGCUGUAGUACUGAGAGAUGCAAUAAUCAACUUUGUCUUCACAACAAACCUACAACGUGCAUAGACGAUGUGAAAGUUGACUGUGCGUAUAUGAAUGCCAUGUUUGAUAUUUGUAAAGACGUCAAUCACUCAAAGAAUGUCUGUCCAAAGUUUUGUGGCCUCUGUACGCUAGUUGAUGGUAACUGGGCCGAGUGGUCACCAUGGUCUGAAUGUGACGUUACGUGUGAAAACGGCAUACAGACAAGAAAACGAACUUGUACCAACCCAGCUCCUGCUAACAAAGGCCUGGACUGUAUUGGAAAUAGCACCGCUACUAAACCAUGUGUUAAGCAGUUAUGUCCAAUUCACGGCGGUUGGGCAAUAUGGACAAACUGGGGAGCUUGUUCUGUGACUUGUGAAUUUGGUAUACAAAGAAGACAUCGUAACUGUACCAAUCCAUAUCCUUCUAGAUUUGGAGACCACUGUUUUGGGGACACAAUGGAUGAUAGAGUUUGUAUGGUUAAAGCUUGUGCUAAUGGAGGUUGGACAGCAUGGGGAAGUUGGACAAGCUGUAGCGCUUCCUGUGACGGUGGUAUUCGUACACAAUCACGAACUUGCACAAACCCUCGGCCUUCUCCACAGGGUAAAGCAUGCGACGGGGAUCCGAUGAAAAUUGACAUUUGUAAUACUUCGACCUGUCGUAAGACACCAAACGUAGCAUUCAGCGUAUCCCAUUUGACAGACACCGGUCCUUCUCCUGGUGAAAUAAUGAAAUAUAAAACAGUUUUGUUAAAUGCAGGAAACGGAUACAAUCCUUCAACUGGAAUAUUCACUGCUCCUGUUGGUGGUACAUACUCAUUCAAUGUUCAAAUGUGUUUACAUCCGGGCACUUAUUCGUACUAUGUUAUAAAAGUUGGAAGUAAAACAGUGUCAGCCCAAUUUGGACGUGAUGCAAGCUACUACGAUUGUUUUCCAAGUCAUGCACUGGCUGUUGUUCAAAAGAGUGAACAAGUCACUGUUCAAUGGACAACAACUAGUUAUUCUUCAGGUCGUAUCUAUGAAUACAAUAGUUAUACAAAUUCCUUCUCUGGUGUUUUGCUACGUACACUAUCAAAGCGAAUGUUUACACUAGUACUGUUGGUGUUGGUUCCACGUAGCAUAAGCUCCUUGGAAUGCUACUCUUGUUCAAAUGUGACGAACAUAGGAAGUUGCAUUCAUACCACAUUGUGCAGUCAUGGACAGUCAUGCAUGACAAAUGCAGUUAUGUCAGUACAGACAACAUUUACAUUGGGUUGUGUUGAAAAUCAGCAAUGUAGAGCACAUUUAGGUGGUGCAGCAGGGCUUGUUGGUCGUGAUAUCAGCGCACGUGAUAUUACUUGUCACGAAUGCUGCAGUACCGACAGAUGUAAUAACAGACUUUGUUUUCACAACAAACCUACAAUGUGCAUAGACGAUGUAAAAGUUGACUGUGCUUAUUUAAAUGCCAUGUUUGAUAUUUGUAAAGACGUCAAUCACUCAAAGAAUGUGUGUCCACAGUUUUGUGACCAAUGCGGGCUCGUUGAUGGUAACUGGGCUGUGUGGUCGCCAUGGUCAGAAUGUGAUGUAACAUGUGAAAACGGCAUACAGACAAGAAAACGAACAUGCACUAACCCAAGGCCGGCUAACCAAGGUCUAGACUGUAUUGGAAAUGGCACCGAAACCAAACCAUGCGUUAAGCAGUUAUGUCCAAUUCACGGCGGUUGGACAAAAUGGUCAAACUGGGAGGCUUGUUCUGUCACAUGUGAUACUGGAAUUCAAAGAAGACAUCGUAACUGUACCAAUCCAUAUCCUUCUAGAUUUGGAGACCACUGUUUUGGAGACACAAUGGAUGAUAGAAUUUGUAUGGUUCGAGCGUGCGCAAACGGUGGAUGGACUACAUGGGGAGGUUGGUCAAGCUGUAGUGAUUCCUGCUAUGGUGGUAUACGUACCCAGUCACGAACUUGCACAAACCCGCGACCUUCCUCGCAUGGUGAUGCUUGCUCUGGCAAUUCUAUCAAAAUUGCAAGUUGCAAUAGGGUGCCAUGUCUACCAAACGUGGCUUUCAACGUUUACCAUUUGACAGAUCAUAGUCCGUCUGCUGGUGAAAUAAUGAAGUAUAAAACAGUUUUAUUAAACGCGGGAAAUGGAUAUGAUCCUUCGACUGGGGUUUUUACUGCUCCAGUUAAUGGAACAUACAUAUUUAGCGUUCAAAUGUGUCUGCAACCAGGUACUUACUCGUUCUAUGCUAUAAAGGUUGGGAGUACAACUAUAGCAGCUCCUGAUGGAAUAGAUGGGGAUAAGAAUGACUGCUUUCCAAGUCAAGCCGUGGCUGUUGUUCUUAAAAAUGAAAAAGUGACUGUUCAGUGGACAUACGAUUCUUACUCUAAUAAAAUCAUUGAUAGUGAAUACAGCAGAAAUUCGUUUUCUGGAGCUUUGCUUAAUUCACUAUUACCAAACGUGGCUUUCAACGUAUACCAUUUGACAAAUCUGAGUCCUCGUGUCGGCGAGAUAAUGAAAUUUCAAACGGUUUUAUUAAACGCGGGAAAUGGAUAUAAUCCGUCAACUGGAAUAUUUACCGCUCCUGUUGGUGGUACAUACACAUUUAGCCUUCAAAUGUGUCUAUAUCCCCACAUCGUUUCGUACUUUGCUAUAAAAGUUGGAAGUACAAUUGUAGCAACUCCAUAUGGAGUGGAUGGAAGUUACAUAGAUUGUUAUUCAAGUCAAGCCGUGGCUGUUGUCCGAAAAAAUGAAAACGUGACUGUUCAGUUAACUCAUGGUGCUUCCUCAAAAAUGAUAUAUGAUAAUCAAUAUAGCAGAAAUGCUUUUUCUGGGUUGGCAGAAAAAAAGCAAAUGUUUGUACUUGUGUUAUUGGUGCUGGUUCCAGGCAGCAUACACGCAUUGGAAUGCUACUCUUGUUCAAAUGUGACAGACAUUAAAAGUUGCCUUCACACAACAAUCUGCAGUAGUGGACAGUCAUGCCUGAAAAUUGCAGACAUAACAGCACAGACAACAACGUUUACAUUAGGGUGUGUUGAAAAUCAGCAAUGUAGAGCACAUUUAAGUGGAGCAGCAGGGCUUGUUGGUCGUGAUAUAAGCUCACGUGAUACUAAUUGCCACGAAUGCUGUAGUACCGAGAGAUGUAAUAACCAACUUUGUCUUCACCAUAAACCUACAACGUGCAUAGACGAUGUGAAAGUUGACUGUGCAUAUAUGAAUGCCAUGUUUGAUAUUUGUAAAGAUGUCAAUCACUCAAAGAAUGUGUGUCCAAAGUUCUGUGGCCUCUGUACGCUAGUUGAUGGUAACUGGGCAGAGUGGUCACCAUGGUCAGAAUGUGAUGUAACAUGUGAAAACGGCAUACAGACAAGAAAACGAACGUGUACUAACCCAGCUCCGGCUAACCAAGGCCUUGACUGUAUUGGAAAUGGCACCGAUACUAAACCAUGUGUUAAGCAGUUAUGUCCAAUACACGGAGGAUGGACAAAAUGGACAAAUUGGGGAGCGUGUUCUGUUACAUGUGAUAUUGGUAUACAAAGGAGACAUCGUAACUGUAGCAAUCCAGCCCCUUCUAGAUUUGGAGACCACUGUUUUGGGGAAGCAAUGGAUGAUAGAGUUUGUAUGGUUAAAGCGUGCGCUGAUGGUGGUUGGACUGCAUGGGGAAGUUGGACGAGUUGUAGUGCUUCCUGUGACGGUGGUAUACGUUCGCAAUCACGAACUUGCACAAACCCAUCACCUUCCCCGCUGGGUAAAGCAUGCGCAGGCGAUUCUUCUAAAAUUGCAAUAUGCAAUACAGUGUCAUGUCUACCAAAUGUGACAUUUAGCGUAUACCAUUUGACAGAUCUUAGUCCCUCUUCUGGUGAAAUAAUGAAGUAUAAAACAGUUGUGUUGAAUGAAGGAAAUGGAUAUAAUCCUUCAACUGGUAUAUUUACUGCUCCUGUUGGAGGGAUAUAUUCAUUUAAUGUUCAAAUGUGUCUAUACCCACAGACCUACUCGUACUAUGUUAUUAAAGUUGGAAGUAAAAUAGUAUCGGGCUAUUAUGGAUACGAUGCAGACCAUUACAAUUGUUUUCCAAGUUCGGCAGUGGCUGCUGUCCGUAAAAAUGAACAAGUCACAGUUCAAUGGACAUCCACAAGUUAUUCAAAUCAUAUCUAUGAAUACAAUAGUUAUACAAAUUCCUUCUCGGGUGUGUUGAUACAUGUAAUAUGAUUGAUGAGUACAAGUAUUAUGUUUAAGUUAAGAACUAACUCUCAUUUAGACAAAUGAUAAAGCUUCUAAAAUUAUAUUUUAUUUACGACACCUCAUUCUCUAUAAUGUCCGAUAUACCAUUCAAAUCAGAUUUUUUCAU